AUGUUUUUCCUUUUGGAAAACAGUUCGGCCAUGAUGGGCUCACGUUUUCUUGAUGACACCUUGGAGCGACUGUUAUGGGUAAGAGGAUUGAGAAAAGAUUGCCUGUCAGAAGAUGGCAAGCUUCCUGUCGUGCUGCGUAAAGCUAAUGACACCACCGACAGCAUGACUGCAACUCAAGCUGCCAACCUCAAGCUUUACAUCCAGGCAGUUGCAGAAGAGAGGCGAAAGCACGAGUUCGACCUUGCUGUUGUCGAGUUGGACAGAUGCCCCUUGCGGGCCGUCGGAGGGAGAGUCCACAAAGACCGGGUGCCCAGUCUGCGAACACAGGGGCCUCUAUUGUUUGUGCUGUCCACUGCAGACAUCCAUCUGCCCAGCAGCCAGAUGGAGUUUCAUCGUUAUGUGCUGCCAGAAGAAAGGCUCAUCCUUCAAGGAUUCUCCAACAAACGCCGCACGUUUGAAUCCGGAGUGGGAAUCGUGGAGGAGAAUCGCAGCCGGCACAGCGGCAGCGAUGACGUGGCCCGGUGGACCAGAUUCCGAGACUGGGCCGCAACAGAAAGGUUGGUGACCGGUUGCUCGCCCGAGGAGCUCCCCACCCGUUGGAAGCGGGAGCUGGACAAGCCGACCAGCCAGACGAAGACUGUGAAUGGCGAGGCUGCUUUUCAAGAAAGGUGUCUCCGAAUCGGCAUGACGCCGGAGCUGUAUGGCAAGCUCAAAGAUAAGGGCUAUGACACCUUCGGGAAGAUCGCCUUUGCUGCUGCGAGCUCCCCGCAGGCCCUUACCGAUGAGGCCAUCGAUGUGUGGUUGGCCACGGUCGUAGAUCCAAGGCCUUCAGCGUUCCAGGUUUCGGUGAUCAGGCGGCUCCUAUUUGAAAGCCAGUCGCUCAACAUAGCUGACUUGCGGACCCGUGUGGAAGGCCAGCCUGAAAACACAAUCAAGAAACUUCCCACUGCUGAACGAAUAGCCAGACAAGAAGCUCAGCAGGCUCGCUUGAAGGGAGUCGUCUUCACGGUGUCGAACCAGCCAUCCCAUGCGAGCAUCGAUCAGGUCACCGACAUGUUGGAAAACAACUCCUUGCGGUAUCUGCCGAUGAACAGGUGGACCUCCCGGUCACAGGAGCUGAGCUUGGCAAAGAAGGACUCGUCGAUCCAAAUCGACGCGGAGGGAAACCUCAAGCUAGGCACUAAGGUCCCGGAUCCGGUUUGCGACACAAAUGGCGCUUAUGCGCUUCGGCAAGCCUUCUUUCGCCGCUCGCUAGCUCUGGACCUAGGGAACCUCUGCACCUUUGAGGUGAUGGAGGAGUGGGUCAACACCAUCUUCGAACUGACCCAGCGGCAGGUUCCCACCGGGUACACCAAGGUCUCCUUGUCCCAGAUUGUAGCAGCAGAUAAGGAACUCUUCAUCAGGGCAGCGAACAACCUUGAAGGAAAGCUCCAGAAACCAGUGGGAGCUACCAAGCCGUUGGAUGCAGAGCUGAAGCGUUUGUCUGUGUCACAUGACAUCACGCAGUUCUUGUCACCCUUGCUCACCCCGCCUCCGCCGGCCCAUCCUACCAAGAGGCCCCAGGAUGGUGACGACGAUGCACCGCCCAAGAAGACUAAAGGCAAAGGUGACAAAGGCAGCAAAGGUGGCCAUGGCUUCCAUGUCCGAAUCAGAACUCAGAGCCACUGCCUCUUUGAGGCCUCUAACUCCGAGGUUACCGAUAACUUCAUAGAGGGACCCUACACCGAAGCCCAGGUCACUGAAAUUUUCGGCCAUUCGGAUUGGGGCAUCAUUCCCAGGUUCGUUCUUGAGCAAGGCCUUGAAAAGAAGAUUCGACCCAUAGAUGAUGGGCAUGCUUCGCAGGUCAAUGAGGCUUUCACUUCCUUGAUUAAGCUGGAACUUCAAGGGGCCGACUUCGUCGCGGGUCUGGCUCUGCUGAUCUCCCAGGCCGAAAAGGAACGUUCAGAGCGCCUAGGUGUCGCUGCGAGGAAGUGGGUGGGUCGGACCCUAGACCUCUCAAAAGCUUAUAAACAACUAGGGGUACUCCCGCAACACCGUGACAUCGCCGUCAUCUGCCAUCCCAAUGAAGAUGGCGAACCGCAAUUCUUUAUUGCGAACGCACUGAUGUUCGGCUUGACAUCGUCGGUGUAUGGAUUUGUAAGAGUGGCUAGAAGCUUGCAUUUCCUGCUGGCCAAAGUGCUGAAGAUCCCUUCAGCCAACUACUUCGACGAUUACCCUCUCUUCACUUUGAGAGAUGGGGCCCACGAGCUUGAUGGUUUAACUUCCGAAUUCCUAGAACUGCUGGGGUGGCGCUUCGCCCAGACCGGGGUAAAGGGUCAACCGUACGAGGAGGCCUUCACAGUCCUCGGAAUGCAGCUGGACAUCAGUCGUCUGCACGAAGGUGCUGCCGUGCUGGCAAACAAGGAAGGCCGUGUCAAGCGCAUUUCCGAAAUGCUGGGCAGCAUUUUUGACAAGGGGGCCCUGGGCAGGCAUGAGGCGCAAGUUCUCCUUGGACUCUUGAACUAUGCCUCAGGUUUCUUUGCAGGCCGAUCCUUGAAGCCAGCGUGCCACUUCCUACUCUCCUUGGUAAGGGGGAAGCGCCAAACGGCCGCCGAAAUAAAGCGCUUCUGCAAAACUACGCAGGCUGUCUUGAGCACCACUCCACCUAGAGUCCUUCGCAUCUUUGACCCUCGACCGCCCAUUCAUGUUUGGACGGAUGGAGCUUGGGAAGACCCUUGGGCUGGAAUAGGUGCGGUUGUUCUUGACACGCUAGAUGAUAGUGCCAGGGUUUUUGCCGGUUGUGUACCCGCUAAGCUUUUGGAACGUUGGAAGCUGGAUGUGGGAUCGCAACUCAUAUGCGAGAUCGAGCUCUACGCUUUGGUCACUCUGCGUCGCAUGCUCCAAAACAGCUUGUGCAACAGAAGAGUCAUCUUUUGGCUUGACAACGAAGCAGCACGCACCUCAGCCAUCAAAGGUUUGAGCCAGAGCGAGUCGAUGUAUCGCCUCGCCCAUUAUCUUGCAGUGAUCGAAGCUGAGGCGCCUUGUAUCGCUUGGUACGAGAGAGUGCCUUCCUUUUCCAACAUAGCCGAUCCUCCUUCACGAGGUGAGGGGCACAGCAUCCUCAGCUUGGUAGGCGCCAAGGUCGUGGAAGCUUUCAUCCAUGAUGAAAGCUCAAACCAGAGAUUCCUUCAUCAGGGGUUUUUGAAAGAAAGAGAUGGCAGCCGCCACAGCAUCACAGCAGGCCUCAAGCAGAGGUGCGAUCUUCACAACUCCGAGGACUUGGAGGCCUUCGGCACCCAAGCGGACAUGCGUCGAGCAAACAGAGGAUGGCGGCCGAACAGCUGGUCUACAGAGAAGAUUGAGGAAAAACGGCGACAACUCCUUUCCCAGAGACCGAAGGUGUCAAGUGCGGCACUUGAAAAAUUGCAAUAUGAAAGCAGCAUCAGCAGGGCGAGAUCGAGUUGUGAAGCGAGUUUGUAUCGUUUCAAGACAGCUCUCAAGACCCUGAAGCUGGAGAUCGAGCAGAUGUCCGAGAACGACCCCACCACCAUGGUCGAGAUGAAGACAAGGACGGACAAGUUCGAGGAGAUCUACAAGGGUGCCGAGCAGUACUUGGAGGAGACGAUCGAGAAAUGGACAACUGCUUUGGAAAGCAACCCUUCGGACACCUCCGACGAGGCCGCCGAGAAGUGGCACCAGUACUUCAUGGAUGUUUCGGCCUUUGUGAAGACGUUCGCAUCAAAAGAUGCGGUGAAAAAGGUGAAGGACAACCUGGCGGAGAUCAGCGCCUGGUGUGCCGAGUACAAGAAGGGCUGCAACAAGAAGAAGCGACUGUCAGUUUCCUCGGCAAACAAGGCAGCCAAGAGCCAGAAGACAGGUAGCCUGCCUCCCGGCAGCAACUCCCCACUUGGCGAGGCCCUGUCGAACCUCUUCUGGACCCAAGCAGUGGAGAACAUCGACGAGGAUCAGGGCGUGGUGUUUGCCGCUGCCGACUGGGUUGAGAAGGAGAACCAGGCCUUUGCCCUGGUUCUGGCUGCAGCCCAGAACCAGCAGCUGUUGCAGGAGUGGCUGGAGUUGCCGUACUACGAGCAGCAGAAGACCUGGCUGGCCGAAAGCUGGAAGAAAGGCAGCGGCCCCGAGCUGUCAACCAACGUGGUCGCCAAACCGCAGCUUUGCACGAAGCUCAACAAGGAUUGGAUGAGCUGCCUUGGCAAUGCAUCCAAGCACAUCAAGGAUGUCACCACAGACGGUGAUUUGAAAGAGGUGUUUUCGCCAAUGUUUUGGAGCAUGGGGAAAAACACCAGCAAGAUCUACUUCACAACAGACUAUGCCUUGACUGAGUUCAAGAUGUGCUUGGAGGGCACAUCUGUGUGCUGCGGAUUCCAGAUCAAUACCACGAUGAUGAAAGACGGCUUCAAGGCUUUCUGUGAUGCGACCCUGGCCACGGACCCAAACGACUUCCUGAAAAUCUGCCAGAAAAAAGGCUGGAUUGUUCAUCUGUCCCCGGGCAAAGCCCUGGGCAUCCCAGCCGGCCACUGCUACUGUCAGAUGGCCCAGGACGUCACCCAUGGCUGCCGGGUCCUGAAGCUGAGGGCCAGCGAUGACAAGUCAUCCGUUGGCCUGCUGACCGCACGAAUUGCGGAUUAUCCAGAGCUGAUUGGUUUGCGCACUGGCAGGCUCCUGAACUGGAUUUCCGGCAGCCAGGAUGCUGCAGCUGCAGCUGCCCCUUCCGCAACAAAGGAUGUUGUGGGGGCAGCGUAG